AUGCAGGCGUGCGGGGACGGCGCGGCGGGGCGCCGGGCUUUCGACAGCAUCUGCCCCAACAGGAUGCUGGAGCUGGCGGCUCGACCCCUGUGCAAGCCCGGGAAGCCGGAGAGAAAGUGUGCCCCUCCGCGGAAGUUCUUUCCGGGGUGCAGCGGUGACAGCCUGGUGUCGGUGUACGAGGACCCUGCGGACGCGGAGCCUGCUGCACUGCCAGCCCUCACCACCAUAGACCUGCAGGACCUCGCGGACUGCACCUCGCUACUCGGGUCCGACGCGCCGCCUAGUGGUGACCUGGCUGCAUCGCAGAACCAUUCUUUGCCAACGGAAGCGGAUUUUGAUUUGCAGACAUUCAGGGACACGGUGGACGAUCUCAUUGCAGAUUCGUCCUCUUUGAUGUCGCCUUCCCUGGCCGCUGGUGACUUUCCCUUUUCCCCUUGCGAAGUGUCACCCUUUGGGCCCUGCCUCUCCCCAUCGCUGGAGCCCUCACCGCUGCCAGUUCUAGACGCUCCUCAGCCUCCGCCAGAGCAGUACUGGAAGGAGGUGGCCGACCAGAACCAGAGAGCGCUGGGGAACGCGCUGGUGGAGAAUAACCAACUGCACGAGACGCUGAGCCAGAAGCAGGAAGAGAUCGCCUCCCUCAAGGAGAGGAACGUGCAGCUCAAAGAGCUGGCCAGCCGCACCAAGCACCUGGCCUCGGUGCUGGACAAGCUGAUGAUCUCCCAAUCCCAGGACGGCGGGGCCGACGCCGAGCCCUUCCUUCUCAAGGCGUCAGCCAAAAGAAGCCUGGAGGAGCUGUUCAGCGCCGCCGGCCAGGAGGGCGCGGAAGUGGGCGCCAUCCUCAGCGAGAUUUCCCAGCGCUGUGACGAAGCCCUGCAGAGCCGCGAUCCCAAGCGGCCCCGGCUGCAGCCCGAGCCCGCGAGCGCCGACACCCGGCCGGGCAACCUGCACGGCGCCUUCCGAGGGCUGCGCACCGACGGCGGCGCCUGGAACCCGAGCCCCGGCGAGCUGGGCGAGGACGCCUCCUUCAGCACCCCCAUCCGCAGCCACAGCACCAUCCGCACCCUCGCCUUCCCCCAGGGCAAGGCCUUCACCAUCCGGACAGCCAGCGGGGGCUACAAGUUCCGCUGGGUCCCCAGCUGA